AUGGGAGGGAACACUAAGACAGGAAGGAAAGUGGUGGUAGCAGUCGAUGAGAGCAACGAGAGCAUGCACGCUCUCUCUCGGUGUCUCGCCAACCUCGUUUCUCCCACUUCUAAAUUAGUUCUUCUCUACGUUAAGCCCCCACCUCCUAUCUACUCUGCCUUCGACGUUGCAGGUUUCCAUUUCUAUAACUCUGUGAUUUCUUCCAUGGAAAAAUAUAGCAAGGACUUGGUGAACUCUGUUAUGGAACGGGCAAAAGUUGUCUACAAAAACUUCAAUGUAAAAGUAGAAAGAGCAGUUGGGAGCGGAGAGGCAAAAGAUGUGAUAUGCAAUACAGUAGAGAAACUUGGAGCUGACAUCCUUGUCAUGGGAAGCCACUGUUGUGGUUUCUUGAAAAGAGCCCUUAUUGGAAGUGUGAGCGACCAUUGUGCCCAGCAUGUAAAAUGCCUAGUGGUGAUCGUGAAGAACCCAGAGGAAAAUUGA